UUGACUGCGGUUGACUGCAGAGUUGUUUGAAUACAAUGCAGAUGUUUCUUUCUAUUUCCUUCCCUUUAGACUUAGAUUCUGCAAUUUUAUUUUUGAUUCUUUAUAUCAAGAAACUGAUGAAAUGGAGGAAUUAAUAGGUCCUAAUCUUCAAGUUGUCCUCAGUAUUAGAGAAGGAAAAGGCUUUGAUCAAAUAAGACACCCCAUUGCAAUUGUUGCGACACUAAAUGGAAAUUCUUUGGAAACUGAUUUUAUUGAAACAGUAGAUGGAAAUCUUCAAUACAAUACUGACCUAGUAUGGGAAGCAGAUAAAUGCUCACUGAGAAAAAUGCGAACAAGCCAGAUGCCCUUGAAAGUAGAAUGUUUUACCCGUAAGGAAAAUAAUAGUAAAGAAAAAAUUGGAUAUAUAUUACUCAGUUUAAGAUCGGCACAAAUAAUUACGAAAGAUAAAGAAAAAAAUGUGAAAGUAAUUGAAAAUAAGCUGCUUGGAGUCAAAAAUGAGUUUAAACCAUCUAAGCCUGAAUUGUUAAUUACAUUAACCAUUGAAGAACGAAGUGGUUUAUUAACCACAUGUGAGGGACUAUCAGAAAUAAAUUCUCACAGUAAUCCCUAUGGUAAUCUUGAAACAUACCUAAGCAAAGAAUACUGUUCAUUGCGUUGCAAAAAUUUACAAAACCAACACGCAGGUCAUGAAACCUACAGAGAUACAGAGUCUUGCCAUGUAUCUAAUAAUUCAAUCAACCCUACUGUCUUCUUACAUGCUGAGAAGGAUUAUUGCAAAAGUGUGGAGGCAUAUCAUUGUUAUUGCUUAAAUAUUCAAUUAAAUGAUAUAAAAUUACAAUCAGCUGGUUUAGCAAUUGAAGAUGUUGAAUUUCGUUUUCAUCACCCCAAGGCUGAGAUCGUAUCAACAUUCUACCCAAAAAUGCCUAUUUCAUCGGGGGAAACAUUAAAAUUGGAAGAUAUCGGAUGCAAAUUGCAUUUCAUAUCGUCUACGACUGAAAUAUGUCAUUUACUUCUGUCUUAUCCACCAAAGAUUAGUGUACAUGAUGCCGGAAGCAAUGUAAAAGCAUCUGCAGCACAGAUAAUUCUUGAUGUGAAACGAUUAUUUAACACCAAUAAGUUGGAAUGUCGAUAUGAAGCCCCUCUGUUUGAUAAAGAAAAGAAUACAAUAGGUUUCAUAGAUAUUUCCAUGUAUUUAGAAGAUCACGGUCCAUAUUAUAGAAUUAAAAAGAAAUCUGGUGAAAAUCUCGGACCACCAAUUCUCGAUGACAAUCUGGCUUAUAAAAUUGUGAACGAAUUAGAAACAUGGAAGGAUAAACAGCAAGAAAUGUUCACGGCAGAGUUGAAACGAAAGGAAGAACAGCAUUUAAAUUUGCUAAGUGAAGAGUGGCGAAAGCGUAGAGAAUCUUUAGAAACAAAGUUAGCUUAUAGUGUGGAACAAUGCAAAAUGCUGGCUAAUAGUUUAAAUAAUGCUACCGAGGAUUUACGAACUCGAAAACUGAAAAGCAUUGAAAAAGAAGCUCAAUUAAUCAAAGCAAAUGAAGAGCUACAGUGGAGGUAUGACCACAAGUUGCAUGAACUGAAAACAACUUCACAGCAAAUACAAGAUGAACUCAUUUCAAAGCUAAACGAUCUUAAAGAGCAGAACCAAGCAGUAAAAUUACAAAUUGAACCGCUGAGACUAGAGAAUGACUGUUUGCAACAAACUAUAGAGAAACAAGCCAAAGAACUUGAAAUGCUUCGAAAAGAAACUCUAACACAAGAUCAAACUACUUCCUUGCUGCAGGAACUAAAAGUAUUGGACGAGAAAUUAAAUACUGCUCAGAAGAGCAAAUUGUAUUUUAAGGAACAGUGGGGAAAAGCUGUACGAGAAAUACACAGAGUGAAUAUGGAACAUCAGCAAGCCAUGGAAAUACAAAUUAGGAGUAGCAAGGAAGAAUUAAAAAAUAUCAAUGUGGAAGACAUAUUGUGUGCAGAUUCAUCUGCCUUGACAAAUGAUCAACUUCUUCUGGACCAGAUUCAGAAAGAAAUUGAUGUGAUUAAGCCUAAAUCAAUAUCUCCAUCGAAAAAUCUAAGUGAACAUCUGUGUGCUCUUCCUAACCAUACGUUUGAUAAAUCAAACCACAAUUUUGCAAAAUCAGAGGUAUCGACUAAUUCUGAAGAACGCGACAAGCGACUACAAAUGCUACUAGAAGAGCGUGACUCUCUUAUGAGAACGGGAAGUUAUGCCAUCGACGAUGCAGUUAUUGUUAAAUUAAAUGGAGAAAUUCGAUCCCUUCUAAUAUCCAGUUGAAAUUAUUAAAUAAUUGG